ACUCCGCACACAAUUAGAAACGUACAUAGAGCAACGUCACCUUGUAAGGGUAGGUUGUUUAUCUUGCAUGGGUAAGAAAGUUCAAACCAUUUCGUUGUCUUUCAAUAAACGUUCGUCCAAGACCAGUAUAAUCAUGAAGGUCGUCGGUAUUGGAGCUGUCUGCUUCUUAGUGUAUUUCUUUGCUUUCCCGUCACAGACAGUCGUCGUACAAGCGGCUAAAGACAAGUUAGAUGUUUCCGACAUCGUGUUUUUCGACAUGGCUAUUGGAGACGAAUCCAUUGGGAGAAUCGAGAUCAGCUUGUUCGGUAACGACGUGCCUAAGACAGUCAAAAACUUUGUCACCUUAGCUACCGGCGAGAAAGGAUUCGGUUACGAGGGCAGUGGUUUCCACAGAGUCAUCAAGGACUUCAUGAUUCAGGGAGGUGAUUUCACCAGAGGCGACGGAACUGGAGGCAAGAGCAUCUACGGAGACAAAUUCAAAGACGAAAACUUCAAGCUGAAGCACUUCGGACCAAUGUGGCUGAGCAUGGCUAACGCUGGUAAAGACACCAACGGCUCUCAAUUCUUCAUUACCACUGUGAAAACUCCCUGGUUGGACGGAAGACACGUCGUCUUCGGCAAAAUCACUAAAGGAAUUGAUAUUGUCAGGAAGAUUGAAGGUACAAAGACCAACUCCCGUGACAAGCCACUUAAGGAUGUGGUCAUUAAGAAGUCCGGCGUUGUGGAUGUACCUGCUGGUACACAAGUCGACAAGAGUUAGAGAUGUUCUCUUUUAUCAGAUCUCUGACUUGCAUGAAUUAUUUUAAUGUUCUUAACUAGUAGCUACUUGAGUAUCAUCGUGCUAGCGAAAACUUAGGAAUCCUGGGACUGGUUUUUGUACUGGGUGUUUUCAAUUAUUUAUUUGCUAGAAAAUAUUCGCUAAUUUUGAAUUUUAAGCCCUUAAAAUUCUUUGAACCAGAGAUGUUAUAAUUUAAUCAUGUUUCAAUGUUAAGCUGAAAUUUUGAUAAAUUUAUAUUUAAAGUUACUAUUAUUAUAA